AUGGCAAUAAAAGUCCAUGGUAUCCCCUUGUCAACUGCAACCAUGAGAGUUAUUUCUUGCCUUAUUGAGAAGGAUUUGGAUUUUGAGUUUGUCUUUGUUGAUAUGGCCAAAGAAGAACACAAGAGGCACCCUUUCCUUUCACUCAAUCCUUUUGCUCAAGUACCAGCAUUUGAAGAUGGGGUCUUGAAGCUCUUUGAAUCAAGGGCAAUCACUCAAUACAUUGCUCAUGUUUAUGCUAGCAAUGGCAUUCAACUAAUACUCCAAGAUCCAAUGAAAAUGGCCAUUAUGUCAGUGUGGAUGGAAGUAGAAGGCCAAAAAUUUGAACCACCAGCUUCAAAAUUAACAUGGGAGCUAGUCAUAAAACCAAUGAUUGGCAUGGGCAGUACCGAUGAUGUUAUUGUGAAGGAAAGUGAAGAACAAUUGUCUAAGGUUCUUGACAUCUACGAAACUCGAUUGACAGAGUCAAAAUACUUGGGUGGCGACUCCUUUACACUUGUUGAUUUGCAUCAUAUACCAAAUAUAUACCAUCUGAUGAAUACAAAAGCUAAGGCACUGUUUGAUUCGCGCCCUCGUGUGAGUGCAUGGUGUGCUGAUAUAUUGGCUAGGCCAGCUUGGGUGAAGGGGUUGGAGAAGAUGCAAAAAUGA